UCUCUCUCUCUCUCUCUCUAGAGCUAGGGUUAGUGCGCUUGCUCUCUCUCUCUCUCUCUCUCUCUCUCUCUCUCUUGUGUUCGCUUCUGCUCGAAUGGAUUCGAUCCCAAGGCUCCUCGAUCCGUCGUAAUCGCCGUAAGUUUCCCCAACUCCAAGCUCCAUUUCUGCAUCCACGCACAAAUCCUCUUGAAAAAGAAGGGAUUUUGGUUACCUUUCGCUGGAUCAAGCUAGGAUUCGAUUAUUUCCGAGUUUCGCCUCUUUUCGAGAUUUUUUUCACGGUUUUCAGUGCGAUUUAUUUGGAUUUUUUUGAUCUCUGUGCUUGAAAAUCAUCUAAAUGUUGCUUCUUGGUUCGAUCUGUGUAAGUUUUGGGGUCGAAUGAGGCGAUUUUGUGCUCCAAAGUAGGGUUUGAUUGAAGAGUAAAAUUGAAGAGAAAUGGGGGGCGAAGAUGAUCAGGUGGGAGCUCUGAACCCCCGAAAGGCGUUCUGGAGAUCGUCAUCGUGGUCUUCCUCGCGCACUUCGGCGGCGGGGAACUCCAAAGAGUCCCAAUCCGAAGAGCGGAACCCCGCUUCCAACGGCCCGCUCCGACCCGGUCCUCCGCUCACGCCGCGAUCGCUCAGUGCCAAGGCACGGUCCGCCCUUCCCCCUCUCCAGCCCCUCACAAUUGCUCGCCGGAGCCUGGAUGAGUGGCCCAACCCCAGCUCCGACGACCUCGGCGAGUGGCCCCAACCCACCACCCCGAGUGUGCCUCGGCCCGGGGAUUCCCACAAGCCCGGAAGUGAGGGCUUGAAGAUCGAUCUCUCCUCUAUCGGUUCCAAGAUCAGGAAAGACCAGAUCGCGUUCUUCGAUAAGGAGUGUUCGAAAGUUGCUGACCACAUCUACCUUGGGGGCGAUUCCGUUGCGAAGAACAGAGAGAUUCUUCGCAAGAACGGAAUCACCCAUGUCCUCAACUGCGUAGGUUUUGUAUGCCCUGAGUAUUUCAAAUCCGAUCUUGUGUACAAGACGCUUUGGUUGCAGGACAGCCCGAGCGAAGAUAUAACAAGUAUAUUGUAUGAUGUGUUCGAUUACUUUGAGGAUGUGAGGGAGGAGGGCGGGAGAGUUCUUGUCCACUGUUGCCAGGGAGUAUCUCGAUCCACCUCGUUGGUCAUAGCUUACUUAAUGUGGAGAGAAGGGCAGAGUUUUGAUGAUGCUUUUGGGCUAGUGAAGUCUGCGAGGGGGAUCGCGAAUCCAAAUAUGGGUUUUGCUUGCCAGCUUCUGCAGUGCCAGAAGAGGGUUCUUGCAAUCCCUCUGAGUCCUAAUUCGGUGCUGAGAAUGUAUAGGAUGGCUCCCCACUCGCCUUAUGAUCCGUUGCAUCUCGUCCCCAAACUGUUGAAUGAUCCUUCGCCAGCUGCUUUGGAUUCUAGGGGAGCAUUCAUCAUCCAUGUGCUUUCUUCGAUCUACAUUUGGAUAGGCAGGAACUGCGAUCUAGUAAUGCAGAAGGACGCAAAAGCUGCAGCCUUUCAAUUGGUGAGGUAUGAGAGGGUUCAAGGCCCAGUCAGGACCGUCGAAGAAGGAGAGGAGCCACUGGAAUUUUGGGAAGCAUUUUUGAGUGCAACGGCUAAUUCGGAUAGUGCCACAAAGAUCAACAAGGAACAUGUUGAAUCGGCUGCUAAGACUGGCGCGGGGAAGAGGAAAGUGGACUCUUACGAUCGAGAUUUUGAGCUUUUCUUGAAGGCAAUAGCCGGUGGUGUGGUGCCGCCGUUCUCUUCUUCAGUGCCAGGGCAAGAAACCCGGCUCCCUGCCAGGGAAAGCAGUUGGAGUGUGUUGAGGCGCAAGUUUGUAGCUAGGACCUUAUACCGAGUUUAUUCGGAUUCUGCACUAAUGAGAGAUAAGGAUUCACAUGUUCAUCGAGGACAGCGUUUGACUGCAGAGGCAACGAUAUCACCUCCUUUCCUUUCUCCAAGCUCCCUAUCAUCUGAUUCGGGCAGUAGUUCAAAGAGUUGUUCGGAUUCGCCUUCAGUGUCUCCUUCGAAUGUCUCUUCACCGUUACUUGUGCCGACACCUACUUCGUCUAAUUCACCUGCCCCUUUUUUACCAACAUCCAGGUCUCCUCUCCAACAAUCAAGCAGUAUCGAGCCUUUGAACUCUCGUCCAGGUGCAGUUUGUUCUCCUUCUAAGGGGCCCACUGGCUCUAUUGCUGAAAGACGGGGAAGCUUUUCACUGCUGAAGUUGUCAACAUUGAGUAAAGAUUCGUCGAUGCUAUCUAGGAAGGUUCCGGAUGCAUCUUCCUCUCCUUGUGAAAGUGUACAGGAGGCUGUGUGUAGGAGUAGUGAUUGCCAAUUUCUUAAUGGUGAAGGUUUAGGCAGCGAAAGUACUGCAGAACUAUUAUCUGCAGAAGGUCGUUUAACUGAGUUAUCUAACAUCAAGUCGGAGACUCUAAAUCCAUUGCAGCUCUUAGUUUACCGUUGGCCUAGUAUGGAAAAGUUGGUCAAAUUUACUCGAGAGGAUCUUGACUCAAAAUCAGUUUUCCUUUUCGUAACUCCUGAUACGGCUAGAAGUGGAGAGGCAGGUAGGAUGCUCUACGUUUGGAUAGGUAGUGGCUUCAAGCAUUCUAACAUCGAAACUGAAUCAAAGAGCUGCGAAGAUGUAAUUGAAGUUGAUGCAGUUGAUUGGCGGCGAGUUGGUUGCGAGUUUCUUCAUUUAGCAGGUCUACCAAAAGAUCUUCCUAUUAAGGUUUUUAAGGAGCAAGAGACAGAGAGUCUCCUGAAGUUGUUAAAUACUGCUUAAUUUGCAGUGCUGUAGGAUCCUAACAGAAAAUUUGGACAAUUCCAACUUUCCCACAUAAUUCCUUUUAGGUGCAGGCAUCUCUUUUAAUGCCAAAAAUUAGUAAAACGCAGUGAGGAGGUCGCCGCUACUCUGCAUCGGUUGCUGUUGCAGGUUUUGGCGCACACGGAUGUAUAGUAUCCGCUCCCGUGGAACCUUGGAUAUGGAAAAAAAAAAAAGAAAAAAAAAAGAAGAUUUGCUAAGGCCCCUUGUACAUUACUAAAAACAUAUAUUUUAACUUUUUCGAAGCAGGAACAUUGAGAUAUAUGUGGAUUCUUCCCACCAUUUUCUUCCAGUAUUAGACAUAAUUUUCCAUCUCUAUGUUUGGUGUUUGGUUUUGAUUUUUGAAUCCUAUUAGCACCAUGUGCUGUGGGUGGGCACGAGGUUGGUAGUUAUAUAUAAUCCGUUUUAUCA